AUGUCUACGGUGGUCAGAUCCGGUCUUGCUGCCUCCAUGCAUGCCCCCACCAUUGCCUCUGGCUCUGGUGGGAGACGCCCCAAUCGCGGGAAUGGUGGUCGGCGUCCACCUGGUCGGGACCCGGGCAAGGUGACGAAGAAGAAGAAGAAGAAGGAGUGCGAGGCUUGCGGAGGGGAACACUACGUGCAGCAGUGCCGUCUUUUCCCCGUUAUCAUCGGUGGUGUUGCUCUCGCAGUGACAAGGGCCAUUGCUACUCAAAGUAGCCGCAGCCGUCGCCACCCCCAGGGCCCGCCGCAGCAGCACCCUCGUAUGAACUCGAGGCAACGUCGCACAGCACGUCGGCUGGCAGAGCGGCAGCAGCAGCGGCAGCAACAGCAGCAGCAACAGCAGCAGCAAGGGCAGCAGGCGCAGGAGCAGCUGGAACGCCAGGAGCAGGCCCCUCAGGAGCAGCUCCCCCAGCAGCAGUCUCCCCAAGCGCAGCGGCCCCAGCCCUCGGCAGCGAUGCCAAUACAGCCGGCUCCUCAGGAACCUCCCGAGGGAAUGUCAUGGGCUGAUCAAAUGGACUUCGAGGCUGAAAAGAAUGCUCAGUGA